AUGCCAUUAGAGCUCCGAAUCUUCUCACAAUCCUCAGCUGAACACACAUCUUUUGUCAGCAUGACCUAUAGUUGCUACUCUGGAAACUUCUCCUCACGCUCCUUGGGUAGCUGUCUGAGCUACCCACAGUCAUGCCGGGGCACUUCCUCCGCCAGCAACCUGGUCUACAGUACAGCUCUCUGCUCCCCGAGCACCUGCCACCUGAGCUCCUCUCCCUACAGGGCUUGCCAGGAGGCCUGCUAUGAGCCCAGCAACCGCCAGAUGGCUGGUGAAGUGUCCAGCCGCUGCCAGAGCUCCUGCUAUGUCCCAAGGACCACCAUACCCUGCAGUCCCUGCCAGAGGACUUAUUCUGGGUCUUCGAGCUUUGGCUCCAGAAGCAGCUGCUCACUGGGCUCCAGAUCUAGAAGCUGCUACCCACAGGGUUAUGGAUCCAGAAACCGCUAUUCACUGACCUGUGGAUACAGUGGCUUCAGACCCCUGAAUUACAGCAUCUGCGGUUUCCCGGCAAUGGGGUAUGGAUCUGGAGUCUGCAAUACAACCUACUUUCCUCCCAGGAGCUGCCUGUCCUCUUGCUACAGACCAGCUUGGGGAUCUGGCUUUCACUGA